CAAUUCUCUCUUCUUAAAAACACACACCUUACAACAUACGAUUCCUUAAUUAAACAUCUCAGGAUAUAAUAACCACGGUCCCAUGAUGUACACAUGCCGCGCAAUGACAAGUGUUAUGAUGUUGGUAUUUUCAAGCAAAUACUCUCCCCCCUUUUCCGACUAGGUGGGUGACCACAAGACCGGAAGAGGCCGGGACACGAUUUCCAGAAAAUGAGUAUUCUCAAUGCGACUCCCUUAGGACAAAUACAGAGACUUCCCGGAAAGACCGAUUCACCUGUAAAGGUAGGUACAGGUGUUGACAGAAUGUCGUUAGUCUGGUAUAGGGACGAAAUGGUUGCGUUCUCGCCCCCUUCUCUUCAAACCACUCACCUACUUAACCAUUCCCAACGCAUAGUUUACUCCUCAAAACUUGUGAAUCAAAAACAACUUACCAAAACUAUCGCAAUACAGAUUAGGUGUAUUGCUACGUCAGGGCAGCCCAUUUAGUUCCCCCCUAUUGCUAUGUCCUUGAACAGAUGGUCUUUGCCCAGUAGGGCUUUCGCCCGUGAGAAAACCAGUGACGAUGAUACAAAUCAAAGCAGCAAGUUCCUAACGGUUCACAUCGGGGAUCCCGGUAACCGCCGACGCGCUAAUCUCUCAUCCGCCUUUACCGGUUUGUUUGAUAAGGAUGAGAAUCGUGUGAACAGCAUAACCUCUGAUGGUAGCCGCUUCGCUACGGAAGAAUUGAAACCCCUUUCAACUCGAAUCGAGAAUGUUCCAUCAGUCCCUAGGAACAAAUUCGACAAAAUUGAUGCUCGGCUACAACGUCUGACUACGCCUGUUUAUCCAAAUCCCAAACGCAGAGUAAUUGGUAAUGUCUCCCCUAAACAAGAGUAUGUACCAAGGAAAGAUAAUACAAGCAAUCCCUCACAUUUGAACCCAUUCGCGAAAUUACUGGGAAGCAAUUCAAAAACGAUCGUAUCGUCGGUAUCCCUCACUAGAGUUCGCAGCACCUCAUCAUCCUAUCCAUCGGAAGGUAUACGUUCUCCACCGGAUCAAAGCCUCUCGCCACAGUUGAAUACUUGGUCGGAUAGCUUCAUCUCUGAGUUAUCCCCUUAUGGCACAUACCCGGUGCGAGAUAACUCGACCAAAUCGAGCGCUUCGGCAAAUAACACGUCAAUUCAAGAUGGUAGAGUGGGACAGUGUCUUAUGGAAGAACUAGCUGCGGCUGGUGGAAUUUCAGAUACAGACACAAGAACAACAAGUAGGGAUUAUACUUCUAAACCACUUCUUUCAGACAUUACCUCAAUAAGUUCCCAUGAGGAAGAGGAAGAUAAAUCACCUGAGACUGGCAACAAUAGUGGCUUCGUCACUCCUAUUGAGGCAGUAUCAAAGGCCCCAAGCUCGUCUUCUCAAGAGGACCUUACGGCUAUGUUAGACGGUCAGGGGUCUAGCAUAUCAGCUAUACAUGGUAGCUAUCCUGAACUUCGAAGGUUCACACGCAUUAGUUCAUCCGAGGAUUAUGUACCAUUUCGACCAAGCAAUGCAGAUUCCACUCGACCCCUACGCCCAAGCACAGACGCCGAUGGGACAGGUCCUACCAGGAUACGUUGGAUGAACCAAGAUAAGCCAUAUAACACAAUGCCUGCGUCUCUUCUACGAAAGCAUACCAAGGGAUAUCGUACAGGAUGCCCUGGUGAUUUCGUCCCGCCUUAUCCCGAAGAGGCUCAAUUACCCGAAUUGCGCUGCAAAAACUCCAAUGGAUCUUCGACGACCCUCGCUCGACGAAUCCAAAAGUUCCGAUUUGGUAAAUGGAUCAAGAAAGUAUGUCUUCGCACCAAGGUACGCUUCGAUAGCGUCAUCAAUCCAAUCCCGUCCCCGAAGAAACUAGGCAAGGCGACAUUAAAGAUGCAGAAGUCACGACGCUCGAAGAAUGAUAGAAGCAUACACAAGGCGAAGCCGAAGCCGAGAAAGACACAUUGGAGGACCCCUAAAGCCACCAAGAAGGAAAAGAAGGUCAAAAUCCAAGAGGGGAAGGCACAUCGAUUCAUCCGCUCGCUCAAGACGAAGCAUAGUAUCCAUUUCCCUAUACAGACGAAAUCCAGUUUCAGCCAUAGGCGAGCGAAUUCUUGCCCACCUUGAGGCUCUUUGGACUGUUUUGUACUUUACCACCCCCACGCCACAUCCAUUGGUUAAAUAUCCACUAAAGGUGGCAUGAGCAACGAGGGCGGAUGGGUAGUAAGUCAUUCUAGUGCUGGUCCCCUUGCUAUCAUAUGUGUAGGUCACCCUAGGUUUAGACAAUGCUUUGUCGCAUAGAAGAAAUAAAAAUAAUUAUUAUGAGUGCUUCAGAUUCCAACGCAAAAACUCGACUUUGCGCGGAUUUGAGACUGAUAACCAGAAUAUGAGGUCGAUCAUAAAGUCGUGAAAAAAAAAAAAAAAAAAA